AUUUUGGGGGGUGCUGGGGGCAGUUGGGAGGUGCUUGGGGCAGUUUCUGGGGUGCUAGGGCAGUUUGGGGGCCGCCGGGGGCAUUUUGGGGGCUGCCGGAGGCAGUUUGGGGGCGGGGGGGCUGGGGACAGAGGGGCCGCGGGAAGGGUCUGGCCGAUGACACCCACCCACGGGCCCCUUUGUGGGGGCCAGCGCCGUUCCCUUGGCCGUGGGUCCCCCGGGGCCGUGCCCCCCCAGCCCCCCCAGCACAGGGACCAGGCGGUGGCUGUGACCCCCACCCCGGUGCCCCCCAGGCUGAGCGCGGUGCCCCGCUCCCCGCUGCGCUGCCUGUGCACCCUGAGACACCCGCACGGCUCCGACACCCCGGGCAGGUCGCCGUCCCCCGCCAUGGCGGGUCCCCCGGGGCUGAAGCCGCUGGUGGCCGUGGGUCAGGUCACCUCCACCCCCGACAAGGAGCUGAACUUCGCGGCCUGCGCCGGGCUGGUGCGGGAGGCGGCCGGUCGCGGCGCCGCCAUCGUCUUCCUCCCCGAAGGUUUCGACUACAUCGGCCGCGACGCGGCGCAGACCCUCAGCCUGGCCGAGGGGCUGGACGGGGACCUCAUGGGACGCUACGCCAACCUGGCCAGGGACUGCGGCGUGUGGCUGUCCCUGGGUGGCUUCCACGAGCGUGGCCGGGACUGGCCCACCACCCAACGCAUCUACAACUGCCACGCGCUGCUGGACCCCGCAGGUCGCCUGGUGGCCACCUACAGGAAAACCCACCUGUGUGACGUGGAGCUGGAGGGACGCGUCACCAUGAAGGAGAGCGGCUUCACCAACCCCGGCACCGAGAUCCUGGCCCCGGUCAGCACGCCGGCGGGGAAGCUCGGCCUCUCCAUCUGCUACGACUUGCGCUUCCCCGAGAUCUCGCUGGCGCUGCGCCGCGCCGGCGCCGAGAUCCUCACCUACCCCUCGGCCUUCACCGUCCCCACCGGCUCGGCGCACUGGGAGGUGCUGCUGCGGGCGCGGGCCAUCGAGAGCCAGUGCUACGUGGUGGCGGCCGCCCAGAGCGGGAAGAACCACGAGAGCCGCACGUCCUACGGCCACUCGCUGGUGGUGGACCCCUGGGGGGCCGUGGUGGCCCAGUGCCGCGAGGGACCCGGCCUCUGCUACGCCGAGAUCGACCUUGACUACCUGCACCGCGUCCGACGGGAGAUACCGGUGCAGGGCCACCGCCGGCCCGACCUCUACGGCACCGUGGCGGCCGCGGGGCUGGCGCCGGCGCCGUGAGCCCCCCCCCCCGGUGCCGUCAAAUCCCGAGCGGAACCAGAUCCGCUCCGUUUCGGACCAUUUCUCCCCAAAACGCGACAGCAAGACGCACUCGGGGCUCCCCUGUGCCACAGCCAGGAGGGGGUGUCCCCGGGCCCCGUGUCCCCACACCACGGGGGGGGUGCAGAGUCUCCCCCCCACCGUGUCCCCCCCCCUCGGUGUGGAAGGAAGGAGCCAGGCGCUGCGGUAGAUGUUUAUUUCAAGAAACCCGAAAGCUACACAGGGGAAUAUGACCGUUAUAUUGAAGUUUAAAAAAUACAGAAGUCACAGAAAUUACA